GGUGGCCUGUGGCCCUUCAUGUCUUUCUGUCCCCACCCCUCAGCCCACUCACAGCCAGAGAAGACAGAUGGGACAGUGGCAUGAGGUGGGCGUGGAGGGUGGGCAUCUGCUUCCUUUCUGUCUUCUGAUUUCACUCCUUGCUUCAAACCCCACCCACAUCCUGAUUUCAGUCAAAGGCCAUUUUUCAGGCAAACAUUUCUCAUGUAAAAUGACGGCGGAGACCCUGUACCUCUUGGCCCCCUCGUGUCGUGUAUUCCUUCCAGCUCUCUCCGGGAUCUUACGACCGCCUGCCGUAUUUGGAGCAUAAAUUCUGAUGUUCCCACAGAGUCCUCUGCCAUCCUGUCUCAUCAGUUUGCUGCCACUGAGGCUCUGAACUUGACAGCCACACGGACAGAGGAGACACUGCAACAUCCCCGCGAGGUGCGAGCGCAUUUCCGUGUUGGAGUCUCAUUUGGAAAGAAGCCAGAUCGGCUCAGGUCGCAAACAAGAACAUCAUUUCCCUGUAGGAGCACGUCUUAGGACAGGAAGUGACCUCAGAGGCCCCCCACCAACCCCUGGCCCCUGAGUCCGCUCCCCUCAGCCCUCUGAUGCCCAGGAAGUGGAGUCCUGCUGUCACGUCCUCGCUCUGCUUGUGGUCCUGCUGGUGACUUAGGACCGAAAGUUCGUGAGGGAGAGAAAGGUCCAAUGUGCCCCCUCCCACCAGGACCGUGGUGACUCCCCAUCACUCACCGAGUCAUCCUGGGGAGCAGCCCUGUCCCCCAGCCCUGUCUCCUGUGGGGCCUCCUCAGCCAUGGGGCCCAGUGGUGUCUGCGCCUGUCUCUGCAGCUUCCUUUGGACUUAACCACUGCCGGCCAGGGCCAACGUUCUCUGUCUCCCAGAGCUAGGCAACCUCUGGUCUGGCUCCCAGCAUUCCUCUCUGGCCAGCCCUGCCACAAACACGGGCUGUGUGCUCUGCCCGCUGCCGAGAUAACACACAGACACACUCUGGCUAAAGGUACAUCAGAUAAUGGCAUCCACGGCCAAACCCCAGGCCCGCCACUGGGAAGGCCUGAGGAGGGGCUCCAGGGCCAGGUGAGGGGCAGGCGGGACCGUCUGCCUCUGGCUCCUCGGCUGAAGCCGCCCCAGGGAGGGUCAGGCGAGAGAAUUCCCCUGUCUCUGCGGCCCGUUGGCCAUGAGUGAACUCCACUUUUUGACCCCUGCGGGGUCCUCGGAACUCCAGGUAAACAGAAGCUCUCAAUGCUCCCUAGAGGAGGUUCCUGCAGCUGCUUCUAAGCCUCGACACAGCCUGGGCAUUCUCCAUGCCUCCUACAGUGUCAGCCAGCGCGUGGGGCCCUGGUGGGACAUCGCGUCUCGUCGACAGAAGUGGACCAGGCAGAUCCUCAAGGAUGUCUCCUUGUACGUCGAGAGUGGGCAGAUCAUGUGCAUCUUGGGGAGCUCAGGCUCGGGGAAAACCACCCUGCUGGACGCCAUGUCCGGGAGGCUGCGGCGCACGGGGACCCUGCUCGGGGACGUGUUCGUGAACGGCCGGGCGCUGCGCAGGGAGCAGUUCCAGGACUGCUUCUCCUACGUCCUGCAGGUCGACACUCUGCUGAGCAGCCUCACGGUCCGCGAGACGCUGUGCUACACGGCGCUGCUGGCCAUCCGCGGCGGCUCCCAGGGCUUCUUCCAGAAGAAGGUGGAGGCAGUCAUGGCAGAGCUGAGUCUGAGCCACGUGGCAGAUCGGCUGAUUGGCAACUACAACUUUGGGGGAAUUUCCCAUGGUGAGAGGCGCCGGGUCUCCAUCGCAGCCCAGCUCCUCCAGGAUCCCAAGGUCAUGCUUUUUGAUGAGCCAACCACAGGCCUGGACUGCGUGACUGCAAAUCAGAUCAUUGUCCUCAUAGCAGAGCUGGCUCGCAGGGGCCGCAUCGUGAUCCUUACCGUCCACCAGCCCCGCUCCGAGCUCUUCCAGCUCUUUGAUAAAAUUGCCAUUCUGAGCUGCGGAGAGCUGGUUUUCUGCGGGACACCGGUGGAGAUGCUUCAUUUCUUCAGUGGCUGCGGUUACCCUUGUCCCGAACAUUCAAACCCUUUUGAUUUUUAUGUGGACCUGACAUCAGUGGAUACCCAAAACAAAGAACGGGAAAUAGAAACCUACAAGAGAGUCCAGAUGAUUGAAUCUGCCUACAAAGAAUCAGCUAUGUAUCAUAAAACCUUGGAGGAUAUUGAAAGAACAAAACACCUGAAAACAUUACCAGUGAUUCCUUUCAAAACCAAAGAUUCUCCUGGAGCCCUUUCUAAACUGUGUGUUCUCUUGAGGAGAGUGACGAGAAACUUAAUGAGAAAUAAGCUGGCGGUGACUAUGCGUCUCACUCAGAAUCUGAUCGUGGGUUUGUUCAUCGUUUUCUUCCUUCUACGGGUCCAGAACGACGUGCUAAAGGGCGCCAUCCAGGACCGUGUGGGUCUCCUGUACCAGUUUGUGGGCGCCGUCCCGUACACGGGCAUGCUCAACGCUGUGAACUUGUUUCCUGUGUUGCGAGCCGUCAGCGAUCAGGAGAGCGAGGAUGGCCUGUACCAGAAGUGGCAGAUGCUGCUAGCCUACGUGCUGCAUGUGCUCCCCUUCAGUGUCAUUGCCACCAUGAUCUUCUGCAGCGUGUGCUACUGGACUCUGGCCUUAUACCCUGAGGCUGCAAGAUUUGGAUAUUUCUCUGCUGCUAUCUUGGCCCCCCACUUAAUUGGUGAAUUUCUAACUCUUGUGCUACUUGGUGUGGUCCAAAACCCAAAUGUGGUCAACAGCAUGGUGGCCCUGCUCUGCAUUGCUGGGGUGCUUGUGGGCUCUGGAUUCCUGAGAAACACAGAAGAAAUGCCCCUUCCUUUUAAAAUCUUCAGUUAUUUUACAUUCCAAAAAUAUUGCUGUGAGAUUCUUGUAGUCAAUGAGUUCUAUGGCCAGAAUUUCACUUGUGGCAACUCAAAUGGUUCUAUGUCAACUAAUCCAAUGUGUGCCUUCAGUCAAGGAAUUCAGUUCAUUGAGAGAACCUGCCCAGGUGCAACGUCCAGAUUCACAGCCAACUUUCUGAUUUUGUAUUCAUUUAUCCCAGUUCUUGUCAUCCUAGGAAUAAUUGUUUUUAAAAUCAGGGAUUAUCUCAUUAGCAGAUAGUAAAGAACAUUGCUGCGAAAUGGAACUUAAGCUCCUAGAUGUACAUGACUGCUUUGAAUUUCUGAAAUAAGAAUGUUACGUGAUUCUUAGUAGUACCUCGUAAGACUUUUAACCAUUAAGACUCCCUGUGCCCCUUGGAUCCAUGCAGGCCUUGAAUGCUAUUCCAGGAGGGACAUGUGGUAUUUGGAAAUUGUGACUGAGCUGGUCCAAAGAUGUUCAUAAUAAUUCAUAAAGUUAUGGGAGACUAAUGUGACUAUUUGUUUUCUUUGUUCUAGACACAGAAAAAUAGGUCAGUUAAAGCUUAUGCUUACAUUUGAUAAAGGCUUUGGUAAAAAAGAAAACAUUUGAAUGAUUGUAAGUAACAGAAAAAGUUGUGGUUUGAUUGAAGCAAAGCAUCACGCAGAAUUAGGUAAGAAUGCUUUCAUUUUCAUUUAAAAACCCUAUUUACGUGCACAUGUCUACAUAAGUUAACUGAUCACAUGGAGAGGAUGUUGGACAGACGUUGGAUAAAGACCCCUGACACAGAGCAGCCACUCAUUUUACUGAUGGUUAAAAUGAAAAAUGGCAGAAGUGGGCUGAACUGAGAACAGCACACUAGACAAAAAGAUUAGUUUGCUAGUUUUCACUUUCUGCUUAGUUUACUUAUAAAAUUAAAAGUAAAUGUUACUAAAGUAUAUGCACUGAGAAAUGACAUUUUUAAGGUUGGAGAGCAGCUGUUAUUUAAAGUCCACAUAGAAAAGAUGCUCAAUUGACACAACAUUUACACUAAGAACAGAAUCACACACUAGGAAUUCAUGUUCUUGAAUUGUAAAGAGAAAGAAUGCUGAUAAAUGUAUAUUUUUAGGGAUUAAAUUAUGUAUAUAGAUUAUUAAAAGUGGGUUCUGGACUAAAUGAUCUUUCUGAUCUCCAAGUAAUUCAUGUACAAGUCUGAAGUGAAACUGUCUUCAUGUUACCAUGGUAACUUUGAAUAUCUUAGAUAAUACAUGAACUUGUUCAGUUACUGUGACCUAACGUGUAAUGAAUGAUAAAUUAUAGUAUUUGAAAGAUCUCACAUUAUAGUGGGAAAGAUCAUUUCAUUAAGGAAACCACAGUAAAAUCCUAUUUCUUAGAACAGUAUUUAAGGAUCUGCAGACAUUGGUAAAGUACCAGAAUAGUAUUGUCAAUUUUUAUAAAAGGUCUUUGACACUGAUGAUUAUGGUAUAAUAGUUACAUAAUGUCUUACAGAUUAUAUAUGUCACAUCAGUUAUAGACAAUUCUGGAGAUGAUAAUCUAUUAAAGUAGUUCAAAGAGAGUCCCACAGGAACCUCUUUUGAAAUCACUGAUUUCAACUUACUAAAGAUAUGGGUGUACAAUGUAAGUGGAAACACUUUCUACUAUUCAUAUGCAGAUGAAUUUCAUUCUAGCUCAGAAACACUUGGAAAAUUGACAUAGCACGUGACUUCAAGCUAUUAAAUGUUAGUGAUACCGUAAUCUUAGAAAAACACAAUGACUUUCAACAUGUGACAGUUUGUCUCAGUCAAAAAUGGACAGUGGGGCUUCCCUGGUGGCACAGUGGUUGAGAGUCCACCUGCCGAUGCAGGGGAUACGGGUUCGUGCCCCGGUCCGGGAGGAUCCCACAUGCCGCGUAGCGGCUGGGCCCGUGAGCCAUGGCCACUGAGCCUGCGUGUUCGGAGCCCGUGCUCCGCAACAGGAGAGGCCACAACAGUGAGAGGCCUGCGUACCAAAAAAAAAAAAAAAAGGACAGUGAUGUAUAAGAAAAUCAAAAUAUAUAAUAAAAAUUCCUAUUCCCACCAAGUCAGUGAAACUUCUGAGAUCAAAACGUUCCCUGUUGAUUUAAAGGGAGUUCUUUCUCCACAGCACUCAAGCAGGGUGCCUGUCUGCUCCUAAGACUGCAGUUCCUUGUAGACAUGGUGAAAUUGUUUUCCAGAGUGCUGGAACCACAUGCAUUGUAAUUAGUUUAGGAAGUCGUAUUUCACUACAAUAACCAGGUAGUUUGCUAUCCACUUGGAUACCACUCAUCAAUCUUGGUGUUCUUGAGGUUAGUAAGUGUGCUUAUUUGAAGCUGGGUGCAUGGCAUA